AUCCACCGUUUCAAACCGGCUUAACGUGCCGAUGCUGCUGCCCAAAUCUGGGGUUCCCCGUUGACUGCGUCCGGAGAAGACGGCGACGAGGACGACGAUGACGAAGACAUAAUCCUGCGCACACCACAAGAACGAGAGGAGAAGGAAGAAGGGGUUCGUGUCUCCCUUCCCCUUGAUCGAUCGCUCGAACGAACGAGCGAGGGCGCUCCUCCUCGCGCGCCCAGAUCUGCAAAGAGCCAAGAUUGCUAUGGAUGCCACCGAUGUCAGUGAAAAUUCAGAUAUUACUGCUUUUAUAUCUUUAGCAAGCUAUGACCAGUGGUUUUCACUUUGUCCUUCUGGUUGGUGCCCACCAUCCCGUUAUAAGCAUGCAACAGAAAUUGUUAACGAAAAGCUCUAUGUAAUUGGUGGAAGUCGUAAUGGCCGAUAUCUAUCAGAUGUUCAGGUUUUUGAUUUUAGGACAUUAAAAUGGUCCACUUUAAGCCUCAAGGUAGACAAUGAUAGUUCUGAAUUAGAAAAGAUCAAUUUGGAGAAUGCAUUUCCAGCAGUGGCAGAUCAUAGUUUGGUUAAGUGGGAAAAGGGACUUCUAGUUGUUGCGGGCCAUACAAAGGAAUUGUCAGAUAAUGUGACAGUUUGGUCGAUUGAUCUAGAUACAAACAACUGUUCCCUAGUACAGACCAAUGGUAAAAUUCCGAUAGCUCGAGGAGGGCAAUCUGCAACUUUGGUUGGCUCCAAACUGUUUCUGUUUGGUGGAGAAGACAGGAAGAGGCAUCUCCUAAAUGACCUCCAUAUUCUUGAUUUGACUACUAUGACAUGGGAUGAAAUUGAAAUCAAGAACACGUCUCCAGCACCGAGGUUUGAUCAUACAGCUGCAGUUUAUGGAGACCAAUAUCUUCUGAUCUUUGGUGGUUCAUCUCAUUCAACCUGUUUCAAUGAUCUGCAUUUACUUGACUUGUUGACCAUGGAGUGGUCACAGCCACAGACUCAGGGUGCAUAUGUGACUCCUAGAGGUGGUCAUGCUAGCACCAUAGUAGAUGAGAAUUGGUAUAUAGUUGGUGGUGGAGAUAAUAUGAGUGGUGCCACUGAAACCAUUGUUUUGAACAUAUCAAAGUUUGUGUGGUCCAUGGCCACAAGUGUUGGCAAUCGUGAGCCCCUUGCUAGUGAGGGUCUUACUCUUUGCUCAACAAUGAUAGAUGGUGAGAAGCUCUUAAUUGCCUUUGGUGGUUAUAAUGGGAAGUACAACAAUGAGGUGUUUGUUCUAAAAAUUAAGCCUAAAGAGCCAAUACGACCACGUCUUCUUCAAUCACCUGCUGCAGCAGCUGCUGCAGCUUCUGUAACUGCAGCUUAUGCCAUAAUUGCUGCAACCGAUGAAAAAAACAAUAGUAGUAAGAACAUAGAUGAUUCAAACAGCAAGAGCAACCAUGAGAGUGCCCAAAAUGAUACUGAUAGUCUUAAAGCAGAAACGAAGAUUUUAAAAUCCAGGAUAGUGGAAGUAAGAGAUGAGAAGUCAAGGAUACAGGCCAGAAUUGAUGAGUUGAAUAUUUCCCAUACUGAAUUAUUAAAGGAACUUCAAUCAGUUCAAAGUCAACUAGCUGCUGAAAGUGCAAGAUGUCUAAAGUUAGAGACAAAUAUUGCUCAGAUACAGAAAAGCCUGGUCUCAUUUAGCUCAUUAGAAAAUGAGCUUGAGGUCCUACGUCAUCAGAAAUCUCAAAUGGAACAGGAGACAGUUGAUGCUCAGAAGCAGAGAUCAGGGGGUGUCUGGCAAUGGUUGUCUGGCACCACACAAAACUCUGAACAAUAAAAUGUUGUAGAUAGAAAAGGGUUAUAUUAUCCCCUGGAAAGAUGCUAUGACUUCUGCAAGGAGGAACAAUUAUUUCAUGCCAACCGCUUUGUCAAGACUUUUCCGGCAGCUGAAUACAGGAUGCUGUAUACUACAUCCAAACUCCUUGUAACGCAGAGCCCUAUGAGAUCUCGAAUUGUCACUUGAAUUGUUUAUCAGUGACACUAAAUGAAAGAAUUUUCCAGCUUCAAAAUGUUUCGUUGCUUAUUAUGACAUUGUUCUGAAGGCAAGGUUAACUCUGGCAGUAAAAUAAUAAUGUUUUUCUCAGCAUAGAUUAGCUUGGAUGGAAUCUAUGACAAGACGAUACCAAAUGCGAGAAUUAUGCAUUUAGUCAUCGAAUGGUAAUGGAAAAGGGAGCCAAUGCUGUCUAUUUGUUAUGUGUAAUCUUCGUGUUACAUUCAUAAAUAAAGAUUUUUAUGAGAUAGUGUUAUGCUAA